GUAUUUUAAAUCUGUAAACAUCUACUAAAACAUGCAAUUUUGCCAAUCUUUUUGUGACAAGUGUACAAAACGUUCAGAUUUGUUUGUAGUCUUAAUUUUUUUUUCAAAUCAAUAAAAGUUAAAAAUGUUUUUUGAAAAACUGAAGUAUGCUAGUGUUAAUAAAGGGAUCCUUGCAGAGAUUCUCAAAAAAAAAAAAAAAAGUCAUUGUUAUAUGUACAGAAUCAAUUAAGUAUUUGUUCAUUAAUUCAGUUUUAAAUGUGGUGAAAGUUGGUUUUGUUUUUGUCUUUUUAUCGCAAUGGCCAAUAUGCAAAUUUAAAAAUACUAAAUUGUAAACAAUUUUUAUCUGAGCAAAAUCUACGCAAAUAUUUUUUAACAUGUUUGUUAUUUCGCCAUCGGUUUGCCAUGUAUUUAUCCAUACUUGCAAUUAAGUGUUUACAUAACUCUAGCAAAAAAAGCUGCACCCCAGUAAUCCUUGAAGGUAUAGGGGUUGUUUUAUUAUCGCGAGUAAAAUGUUUUUCUGUUGCUUUUUACAACAAAGAUUCGUUUUUUGGUCUACUUUUUCUUUCUUUUAUAUUUAUAUUUAGCUGUAUAAUCUUUGAAGGGACACAACAUAAUGCUGUUCGCAGGUUAUUCUAAACGUUUUUACAAAGUGCUCAGAUAUGAGCUUACAUUUUCAUGUCUUACAAGAGAAAACAAAUUUAAACAAAACUAUUACCUUUCAGCAGCACUAAUAAAAGUGAAUGGUUGUUUAUCAUCUAGAUUAUAAAUGAUUUAUGUAAAGCGCUUUGAGCAACGCCUUUUGGAAUAAUAAUAAUUAUUAUUAUCAUUAUUAUUUUAUUUAAAGAUUUAAGGUAAAAAGAAAACAUUUAGCACAUGGAAAAUCCAUAUGGCAUCCUGUAACUGUUUUCAACCGACCUUGUUUUUUUUUUAUAUCUCAGCAUUUAGUUCUUGAACAAGAAUGUAAUGGAUAUACAAUACUAAUAUUCUUUGUUUUUGCACAACACCUUUGUUCUUUGUCGAUUGCUUUAAAAGAAAAAGAAAAUAAAUCCUUAUUAAAUACUUUUAAGGAAUAAUACGUGUUAAAUAUUUUUGGAUGGGGUUGUUAUGCCUGGAAGGUAAACAGAGCGAGUCCGCCUAGUGGUUGCUUUGUGCACAUGCGUUGUUCUGUGUGCGAGGCUGGGCAGGUGCAUAUGUCCUGGUUGUUUCAGAAAUAAGAAAGAAGAGGGUCUGGGCGAGAGAUUCGAGAGGGAUUCUCAGCACUUAUAUUGCCUGUGGCUGAGGAGUUGUCGAAAUCAUAUUCAGUAUCAAUAUUGAAACAUAUUAUCCUAUGUAGCAAUUUUAUUGUAUGGCAGGAUUGACACUAAACACCCCAACAUAUUUGUAGCAUUUCAGAACUGUGUUUUAUGUGCGAUUAUAAUAGUAAAUGAUCAUUUUGCUAUGUUAAUUUCUUCCAACAUGUCUCAGAACUUUCGUUUUUAUCUUUCAAUCCUAAUUUUUCAUUUGAUUUUCUUUUCCAUAUUAUCAUGUGACAUAAAUAUGAUUCUAAACACCAUUUCAUGUUAACGAGAGUGGAUGGGUGUAGGUAGAAAGUCCUCCCAGGAAUCCCGCAGUUAGCAGAGUUGAUGACAUGUCAGAGGGCCUGGCAGGUUUUACUGAUGUACAUUUGUCAGCACUCGCGAAGAAACAAACUGACCCAGGAUCGAGCGUACAUAAUAUAAUUCUCGUCAGGCGAUGUGGAUGUGUUCACUGUAGCUCCUCGGCAACAUUUGAAAACCAGCUUGAACGAGAGGAGACAAAGAAACAAAGUGAUCAAAGGUUGUGAGGACAGCAAGAUCCAAAACACUUGUAGAGGACCAAAGUGCAUAUAAAACAUGAAGAUGAGACAACUCCUGCUUUGGAAAGCUGUGUGCUGCCUCGUGUUGCUGCCCCUGUGCGUGUGGGGUAAGAGAGUUGUCUUCAUGCCCUUUCCCUUCACCAGCAACACCAACUACCACACGAACGUAGCGCGAACCCUGGCCAGGCAAGGUCACGAGGUGUGGUUGACCAUGCCCGACUACCUCGUCAACAGGCGGUUGUUGGACACGACUAACUUGACUGUCAUCGACUACCAGACAUUGAUAAACCUUGAGGAGAUUAUGACGGCCGCUUUCGCCGGCCACUAUUUUAAAGGAUUGUCUGAUGACUGGAGUGUGUGGAUGUCUCAUUUCUUACAAUUUUGUGAUACUCUUCUUACGAAUGCUUCUUUCUUCCAGAACGUUAAAGAACUGCGUCCAGAUCUUUUCGUUUUCGACAAUGUACGACUCAUGAACAUGAUGACGAUAAUAUCAUAUAGACUUGGGGUGCCUUUUGCUUUUCUUGGAGCAUUUUACGACCCGAGCUACCAACGAAUCCCUUUACAACCUUGCAACAUACCAUUGUUAUUUUUUAGCUACAGCCAUCAUAUGAGUUUUCUUCAGCGAGUUUUAUCCACUGUAAUUCAUGUUUUUUCCUCUGUGGUGGACGUAUUUUCUUACAAGGACGCAGUCAGUCGCUAUGCACCAGAAAUGCCUUUCCUUACUAUAGACAUGCUUGUAGCAAGAGCUGAGAUCUGGUUGGUUACCGCGGACCACAUCCUAGACUACCCGAGACCAUCGAUGCCCAAUGUCAAACUAAUUGGAGGAACAGCUACAGGUCCUGGUAAGCCAUUGCCAACGCAGUUUAAAUCUUUUAUGGACGAUGCUAAAGAAGGAGUUGUUAUCGUAUCGCUUGAUAAUUAUGCCCUCAGUUUACCAGAAGCAAUUACACAAAAAAUCAUCAGUGUGCUACAGGAUUUACCUUUUAAAUCCAUUUUCCUUUCCAACAUUUCGUCACCGAACUCAAAGAAGAUCCUGACGUCGUCAUGGAUACCUCAGAAUGACCUGCUGGCUCACCACAACACUCGCGUGUUUGUCAGCCAUUGCGGUUAUGACGGUCAGUACGAGGCUCUGUUCCACGCCGUGCCAGUGGUUUGUACUCCACUCGUUGCUGACCAGUUCUACAACGCUGAGCGCAUGCGCGAAAAGGGCAUGGCAGAGACUGUGGACCUCAACACCGUCAGUACACACGAGCUGCACUCCACCAUUCUCAAAGUGGCCACCAACACGAGCUACAAGCAGGCCAUCACAAAAGCCUCGGAACUGUUUAAAAUCGAAUUCGGUGUUCCUGUGGAGAAAGCGGCCUACUGGCUUGAUCACGUGAUGAAAUAUGGCGGCAGUCACCUGCGUUCGUCAGGGCAUGAAGUUCCUUUCUUACAAUUUUCGUGCUGGGAUGUUUAUUCUUUUCUGUUAGCGUGUGUGUUGUUGAUACUGAUGAUAUCAGUAUGUUCGGUCUACGUUGCAUUCAUCUUUUGUCGCUCGAAAUCAAAGGCAAAAACAGAAUAGAAGGUAGUGAACAAGAUUAAAAAGAGCAAAGGUUCUCAACAGAUUUUCACGUUUUGUUAAACUUACAGAAUUGGGUUAGUAUAAAAUUUAGGCGAUGACCAACACGGCAAAAAGAGUUUGCUCUAAUUUUGCAAUUUGCCUUUGCAAUCAUAUUAGAGAUUUAUUUGAGCCCAAAUAAUGACCAAAUUUCUUUAAGAAAUAUGGGUUAUUUUAUUAUCGUGAAUGAAGUAUUAUUGAUAAUACUUCUUACAUUUUUUAUAUUUGUUUUUAGUUUUAUUAAUUCGUAAACAUCUAUAAAUACAUGUGAUUUCGGCAAAUAAUUUUGUUAAAGUUGUACAAAAUGUUCAGGAUUGUGUUUAUAUUCUUCGAUAUUUUUUGUUCACUUUUUAAAAACCAGUUAAAAUUUAAACAUGUUAUUAUAAAACUGAAGUGUUCGAGGAUUAUUAAAGGGAUCCUUGUGAAGAUACUCCAAACUAUGCAAUGGUCUCUCAUUUUAUACAGAAUCGAGUAGAUAUUUCUUGAUUGAUUUCCGUUUCCAAUGUGCUUGGAGUUGGUUUUGUCUUCGCCUUUUUAUCACAAUGGCCAUCAGAGAAAAAAUACAAACGAAACAUAAGAGCAACAACAACAGAAAACAAAAAACAAAUUGCAAACUACAAAAAUGUAAAGAAUUUUAUCCGAGCGAAAAACCUACUCAGUUGUUUUUUUUUUUUUUUGAAUUCUUGUUGGACAUCGGCUUACUACGUAUUUACUCACAUUUGCAAUUAAGUUUUUACCUAACGAUAGCAAAGUCAGUUGCACUCAGUAAUCGUUGAAGGCAUGGGGAAUGUUUUAUUAUAGUGACUAAAAUGUUCUUUCGUUUUUCUCUUUAAAACAAGUGUCGUUUUUAUGUCUGUUUUAACUUUGUUUUUUUCCAUUUGUAUUUAGCCUUUUAAUGUUUACAGGAUUACAACGAUGUGCUGUCAACAAAUUGUUUAAAACGCUUUUACAAAAUGUGCAGAUAUGUGUUUAUAUUCUCAUCUUUGACAAGACAAA